CUUUUCAAAAGACAGCCCUCCAAUUCCAGAAGACAAGAUGUGGUACAGCAAAGGAGCCCCCAGUAGCGCCUUAAAGCUAUUAUCAGUUCUCCUUACCUUAUGGAUGCCCCUAUGCGGUGGAGUGAACAUCCAGCUAAUUCCCAGCGUUCCACACAAAAACGAGACCGUCCUUCUGAACGUCAUUAAUGUGGCUGAGAAUAUAUUAAGCAUCAGCUGGUAUAAAGGAAGCAUGCCCAGCGCGUCAACCCAAAUAUUAACCUAUUUACCAGGUUCUUCUCCACCGCAGAUAGCAGGGGCUCAGUAUUUCCCUGAAGCCAGCUGUUUUGCAAAUGGCUCUUUACUCAUCAUAGGUCUCAAAAAAGAAUUUGAGGGGAAUUACACGGUACAGAUACAGCUGAGCACAUUAAAACAGGACACGGUGUUCCUACGAGUGGAAGGUGAGUCGAUUCCUCGAGAAAAGAGAAAAAAGGAGUCUCAGAAGAGCGCAGAAUCCGUGAUUAAAAAUGUUCUAUUAACUCUUUGCAUUUAUGCAGAAAAGGUUGGAACUCCAAAAUACGACGGCCUUACUCCUGGUGCGAUCGUCGGCAUCGUCAUAGGGGUCCUCGCCAUAUUAUCCAUUGUUAUUGUCAUCGGUUUCCUGUUUUUCAAAAAGGGCAAGACUCAGAGUGAAGCGGUGUCACGAGGUUCACCACCAAGUGGCUAUAAACAUGCGGAAAAUGGAGAUAAUGAGCCGUGACUUAAAGAAGGUCUGUCCCUUUAAGAAGAUCCGCGGUCAGAUCGCAGACUUUGAUUCCUUUUUGCGUUUUGAAGAACUUAUUUAUCAGUUGGCAGGCGUUUUAACUGCCCUUAUUCACGUUUCAUUAGGAACGGCCAUCACUAGCAAUGUUUCUCCAACCGGAAGGCCCCAUAUAAUGUAUAAUCUAACGAGAGAGGAGACUUUGAUGAACUCUCAUGGUUUGGCUAUACAUUAUACAUAUAUAUAUUAAGUUACCACUACUUGUAGUUUGAGCUUCGCAUUGUAAAGGGGACCUGAACCGUGUUAUGUUGCUUCACAUAAAACUCUUCUAGUUACAGAUACACUGUUACAGCAAGACCAAAAUCCUCUAUACAAUUCCCGGUGUGUAUAUGUGUGUGUGUGCUAGUAUGGUUUUUUUUUAUAUAAUAAAGCGCUUGUUUAUAUGGCUUUAUACAUUUGAUUUGAUUGUAAAGUGUUGAAUAUAAUAUUAAACGCACGUGUUGAACGGA